CGACCCACAGUGUGGUCAUCUCCGUGCGAACGACGUUGGGGACGAUUAGGGUACGACCAGAAGUGAUACAUUUUGAGCCGGAAGUUACGAGCUGUAUGGUCGUGUAACUUGGUGCAUACUUCUCUCAGAAGAAGAGAGAAUCUCUCAGGCGGUGGCUCCUCAGAUAUGUACGCGGUGCGCAUUCAUCACACCUAGACACUAAGAUCAAGACAUGAAAUUCGAUCCUUCACCGUUUUCAUGCAAACUGGUGGUGCCACUGGUGGGCCUCCUCUAACCUGAAAAACGGAGCAUCACCACAAUCUCCUUGCACGACUGUCGCGACCCGGCGUUUGAUUGUGGAGGCGUCGGCGGUGGAUUAUCCCAGCAAAACUUUGC